AUGCUGGCUUUGCGAGCCCCGCGACUGGGCCUUGACAAGAUCUGCCUCAGCGCCGCUAUGAGCAUCUGCGAGCGCGGCUCUGCCUGGCAGGCUGGGCUGGGCCUCUUCGAUCGCCUGGCGCCUGGUGACCGGGACUUAGUGGCCACCAGCGGCGCUUUGGGCGCCUGCGAGAAGGGGAACAAGUGGCAGCACGCCCUGCACCUCUUCCAAGGACUGCGCUCGAGCGCUCGGGACGUGGUGAGCUUCAGCGUUCUCAUCAGCGCCUGUGGCAAGGCAGGGCAGUGGCAAGUGGCCUUGCACUUGCUCCGUACCAUGGAGUGCCGUCCCAACCACGUCAGCUUCUGCGCCGCCAUCAGCGGCUGCGAGCGCGGCGCGCAGUGGCAAAUGGCGCUGGAGCUCUUGCAGGAGAUGCCAUCGGAAAAGCUGGGUCCAUCUUUGGUGAGCUUCAAUGCCGCCAUCAGCGCCUGCCAGAAAGCCGGCAUGUGGCGCUCUGCCGUAAGCUUGCUGCAGGACAUGGACAUCAUGCAGGUGGCGCCAGAUGUUAUCAGCUGGAGUUCAGCAAUCAGUGCUUGCGAGGGCUCAUGGCAAACAGCGCUGCAGCUGUUUGCCGGCAUGCGCCAGCGGUGCAUCAAGCGUGACAGGAUCGCGUACAACGCGGUGCUUCGCUCGCUCCCGGCCGGCGGCGGUUGGCGCCUGGCCCUUCGGCUUCUCCGGGAGAUGCAGCAGGAGGAGAUCCGACCGGACGCCAUCAGCUACAAUGCCGCCCUCCGUGCGCAGGCAGAGUGGCAAGUCGCCACGCAGCUGUUCGAGCGCAUGCGCCAGGCGCAGCUGGCGCCGGAUCUGGUGACCCACACUGCACUGCUCAGCUCCUGCGAAGCUGUGCACCAGUGGCAGGCGGCGCUCGCAGUGCUUAAAGCCGCCAGCGACACCCAGGUAGCUUUGGACAAAGUGAUCUUCAAACUGGCGGCAGCGGCCUGUGAGAAGAGCAACCGCUGGCAGCUGGCGCUGGAGCUGUUGGAGCUGUCUGACUUCACAGCACUUGGGUGA